AUAUUUUAUAUAUAUAGAAAUAGCUCAGUGUAUGUGUGUGUUUUUUGAGAGAGAAAAAAGAGUGUAAUAAAAUCAUCCUAAAAUUUCAAUUUCAAUUUCAAACAUGGAAAAUGAAAAUCUAGGUCAUGGUCGUGGAAAGAUAAUUGAGGAGCUAUUAAGAGGGCGUGAUCUUGCAAACCAACUUAGACAAGUCAUGAAUGAAGGUGGUGAUAUUGAUAAUAAUAAUAAUAAUAAUGGAUCAACAACACCAUUUGCUGAACAUCUUUUGAUGGAAGUGCUUAUGACCUUUACCAAUUCUCUAUUGUUCUUGAAGAAUCCUUCCACUUCAGAAUCCUUUGAUGUCUCUGAUUUGCAACUCACCAAAUCUGAGGACUCUCUAGAGAGUAAUUGCAAGAGUUCCAUUCUUAAGGAAAGAAGAGGCUGUUACAAAAGAAGAAAAAUUUUACAAACAUGGGAGAAGGAGUCUGAAUUUCCUGUGGAAGAUGGUCAUCAAUGGAGAAAGUAUGGCCAAAAAAAGAUUCUACACAACGAUUUUCCAAGAAACUAUUUCAGGUGCACUCACAAACAUGACCAAGGUUGCAAAGCAACAAAACAAGUGCAAAAAAUAAGAGAGGAACCACCUCUUCACAAAACAACCUACUAUGGUCACCACACAUGUAAAGUGUUGCUAAACCCUGAAAUUAUAGUGGAUUCACUUUCACCUUCUGAUCACUCUUCCAUGUUCCUUAGCUUUGACAAUUCCUUCCCAACACCAACCAAACAAGAUUGUCCUUUUCUCUCUUCAUCUGGGAAAAGGGAGUGCAAAAAGGAAGAUAAUAUUUUAGUUAAUAUUCCUCCUCCUCCUCCUCCUUCAUCUUCCAACAAUGAUUACCUCUCUGAACUCACUUUUGAUGAAUCAUCAACACUUGAUUCAGAUCAUUUAGUUGUUGAUAUUCCUCAUAUCUUGUAUGGUUCUUCUGGUUUUGAUGAGGUCCUUAAUUGGACUCUUUCUUGAAAUUCCAUAGGCAAGUGAAUUAUCUUUUUAUUAAUCGACUUUGUCUCGACAAUUAUUAAUCUCUACAAAAAUGUGAACGUUCAUUUUUAGUGGGGUCUCCUUUCUCAAUCAUGUUCUUCUAUCUACAAGACUCGAAUUCAAGACAUUGUUUCAGGAAUUCAAGUUCAUUUUCACUCGGAUAAAUGCAAUGUCGAUGAUGAAUUUUCCUUUUGUUUUUUGUGUGUUUUUCUAUAUGAACUUUAGUCUAGAAGAGGUGAAAAUUGUGCAACAUAGAGGUUAGAUAAAAAUGGUAGCUAGUUUUGGCUACAUUUUGUGUAAAAUAUGUAAAAUAUGUGUUUAUUUAAUUAUCCAUUUUCUAUGAAUGAGAAAUGAAAAUGUGACUUAUUACUUUACCAACAACAAAAAAA